AGUAGUGAUGGAUGUGAUAGCGAUACCAAAGCGCCUCCAUUUACCGCAAUCGUUCGAAGAAAUCGGGCUGAAAGCCAAAAAGAGAAGAGAGCAAAUUGCGGCUAAGAAACAAAGAAGACUAUCCGAAAAAAGAGAUUCGAUCCCAAGAUGAGUAGGUGGGAUUGGAUUUGGCAGGCGCGCGGCUCGUUGGUGGUAGAUGGUGGUGAUGCGAAGGAGUAGGAUAAGAAGAAGGGAGAGAGCAGAGGGUGGAGUUUCGUUGGUGUCCGAAUAGUGGGGUGGAGGCAGGGGGGUUACGGAAGGGAAACCCAGAGUAGGAUAGAGCGUAGAGGAGAGUAUACGAGGGUAAAAUAGGAAGGAUGGAGUGUGGAGAAGAGUAGAGAAGAGGCGAAAUGAGAGAGAGAAGAGAAGCCGUAAGUGACAGGACGUUAUAGGUGAAUUGGACAACCGAACCACCCGCCGAACUGUCGGCGGUAUUUAAGGGAGAGCCGCGAGCGUAGCGCGCCAGUUAGCACACGGCCGGUUGCUGUUAGCCUUGUGAACUAACGCGUUUGUCGGACCGCCACGUUGAACCGCGUCUCGUGUCGCGUCAUCUCACCUCUCUUCGUCUCACCUCACGUCACGUCAGAUCAAAUCACAUCACGUCACGCCGAGUAUCGAAAACAAGCAAAAAAAUUGAGAGUGACAAACCGUGAGCGCAUCUCGAGACUAUUCGAAACCAAACCACGUGGCUCGGCCGUUAGCCGGUCCGCCGCCGUUUGUCCUUUGCUUCGUCCUUUUCAACUGUCGCGAUAUCUUAUCUGCAACUAGCUGUGACGUUGCAAUUUCGCUGCAUGCUGACAGCGCUCUUUAUUCGUCGCGAAAUCUCAGUCUACAAAAGUUAUUUUCGCUUCAUUCUGAAAGACAUUAAAAAAAAAAUUGGAAUCUAAAUAAAGGAGAUCUGAUAAUUCUAAAAUCUAAUAAUUUCAAUCGCUAUCUAUUUCGCAAUCAAAAGACACGAUCGUGCAUGCGUAAACGCAAAGUUCUUUAGUGAGAUAUUACGGAAAAUCUUACGAGCUUUUUCUUCGACAUCAGCGUGAUGUGAGCAGGACAAGGAAAUAGACAUAUGGCAUUACUCGAAUUCAUCGUGCUCCAAGAUCGAGAGAGUUUGAUACUUCGAAAUCUCGGACGAUACAGAUGAGUGUAUCAAAGAGGUGCCUCAUGCUACUACUGCUGUUAACAUUAGGGUUCACUUUCACGCAACCGUGUGUCGGAGCUUCGCCACAACAAGACACAUAUUUCGCACGAUCAACGAACGUUUCAUUCAUCGGAACGUCUUCCAGCAUAUCGGUCAUCAGGAUCUCGUCAGAUGGACGAUUGGAACGAAUCAUUCGAUGGCCUGGAGCCUGCGCCAAAGAGACUAUCGUUAAUUGGGGAGUCAGGAACGUAACGCUGCGACAAGUCUGGCUAGAAAAGUCAAGCAGAAAGCUGCAAUUGAUAUACACCGGUGAAACUUUGGCCGAUUGCAUCGACGAGAGGUUCGUACGGUGGGACGACAGCGAGUGUUUACCCCACAGCUAUUACUACGAGUACGGUGACGGUGACGAAGUGUCGAUCGAGGUAUUCCAACUGGACAACAAGGACGUUUCGAGGAUACCCCGUGACCUCCUCUGGCUGUUGUCGACGUCCGAUCGUUGGUGCUAUCGCGCGAGAAUGCGUAUACGAGCCGUGGGCCAACGUCGACAUAGGAAAUACACGAGAUCAACGACAAACGCAAAGACAAACGAUCGAAAGCAAAGUCGGGGCCGAAGAGAUUUAUUCAUGAUACCAGGGACGCAAUGGUGCGGCCGCGGCCACCGUGCUACCAAAUACACCAAUUUGGGUGGGUUUGGCGUGGCAGACGCCUGUUGCCGAAAACACGAUACAGCUUGUCCUCUUUUCAUACCGGCAUUCGAAACGCGUUAUGGUCUUUUCAACUGGGGAAUUUCGAGCAUGAUGCAUUGCGCCUGUGACGAACGAUUUCGCACGUGUUUGAAGAUGGCUAGAACUGCAUCGGCAGAUUUUAUAGGCAAAAUCUUCUUCGAUGUGCUCCAAACCAAGUGUUUCGUUUUUAAAAAACAAAAGAUAUGCUUGAAACUAAAUGGGCAGGGCAAUUGCGCGCGUCACAUAUACCGAAAGCAGGCCUACACACGAGAUAACGUUCCUUAUUAAAUCAGAGGCGAGUAUAGUAUCUUCUUCCGGAGAUGUGUGUCAAUAGCAAUUCUCAGGGAUGUAUUCUAAUUUGUCGCAUACUUGUGAAUAUAUAUGUCGAGAAAGAAGGAGAAUCGCCCGAUUAUUCAAUCAAGAUGUUUCAUCGUUGCGAUCUCACGAUGAUUGACAAUACGUUAUUAUCUCUUCAACUUAUAUAAGCCUGUAUACGUUUGUCAUGUACAUACAUGCACAACCCCCUGACGUGUAAUAUAAUGAGAGAUUGCUAAUAUUUUCGUGCACAUUGUUUCAAGACGUUGAGCUAGUUAGACUGCUUCGUCUCGACGUCGUUUCUGCUACUUUUUUUUUUUUUGAAUAAAUAAUGCGCAACGCUAAGAAAAUUCUAAUAUCCCGAUUGCAUGUUAUGUUGAGACUAUUAUGUCGGCUUGUGUACGUAUAUAUCAUUCUUACGACACGCGUUCAUUCAUGUAACAUUUUCUCGUCUCCUAGCUAUUUUAUUCUCUCUAAAACUAAGGAUGAUCGGCAUUUCGAUUCUUAAAAGUCGACAAAAAUCAAUAAUUAUUGCAUUGCAUCAGCAACGAGAAAGUAAACUGCGCAAUUUAUAAUCGCUUAAAUGAAAUGAUUAUCGAUGAAUUUUGCUUUAAAGCAGAUUUGCGAUCCAUGCGCGAGAGAAUCAUCGAUAGGGGGGGAGGGAAGAUCUAUGCUGAGACGAAAAGUUACAAUUUGCGAAGAGUGAUUACAACUUGUAAAUAUAUUACACCAUUGACUUCCGAUUGUAAACCUUCUCGUUCCUGAUGUUUUAUCGCAAAAAGCCGCACGAUGUAAAUAUCGGUGAGCCUUAUAUGUGAAUCAUUUAGAACUACAUUUAAAUUUAAUAAAAUCUCUUAAUUUU